ACUCAGCUUCUUUUGAAGUCCUCGAAGGCUAUUCAAGUGAUGUUAACUUGGAGCAGUUCGAACCUGGUAAAAUCUCUGAUCACUAGCCCUAGAACUUGUUAAUCGACCGAAUUACAAGCUCCUUGAUUUUAGGACUUCGAAGAUUGAUAUAGGUUAUAAUUACGGUAGGAUUUUCGUCGUUUACUUGAGCAGUUCGUUGGGUUUCAAGAUAGAAGAUGGCGCAGAGUAACUGGGAAGCAGAUAAGAUGCUCGAUGUGUACAUCUAUGAUUAUUUAGUGAAGAAAAAAUUACAUGCCACGGCUAAGUCCUUCAUGAACGAAGGAAAGGUCGCUCCAGAUCCAGUAGCAAUUGAUGCUCCUGGAGGAUUUUUGUUUGAAUGGUGGUCUGUAUUCUGGGACAUAUUUAUAGCAAGGACGAACGAGAAACAUUCUGAAGCUGCUGCAGCAUAUAUAGAGGCACAACAAAUGAAACAGAAGGAACAACAACUGCAGAUGNAUAAAAAGUAA